AUGGCGGCUCGGGGGAAGAACAUCGACAAGCACAACUUCUUGAUCCAGCAGCUGUACGUGCGGCAGGAGUUCGAUGAGUGCCUGGAGCUGGUGGAGAAGGUGUUGCAGGAGAGUCAGGGACAGUGUCAGUUCGCCGUGUACACGAAGGGCAUGAUUUUGCGGCAGAGGGGGAGCCUGCAGGAGAGCUUGAACAUGUUUCAGAUGGCCGCAGCGCUCAACGCCUCGGACCCGAACAACAUCAAGCAGGUCGCCAAGUCGCUGCACCUCCUGGGCAAGCACGAGGCGGCCAUCGAGGUGUACAACGAGGUGAUUCAGCUGGCGGGGCGGCAGUGGGACGUGAUGUUCGCGAUCGGGCAGUGCUACCUGAACCUGCGCGAGCACGAGAGCGCGGCGGAGGCGUUCAAGGAGUCGUUGAGUUCGCAGCAGAACGACCAGGUGUACAUGGCGCUGGGGAAGCUGCUGACGCAGAUGGGGCGGUACGACGAGGCGCGGGCGCUGUACGAGGAGGCCGUGGUGGCGCACCCGCAGCACCCGGAGCUGCUCACGACGCUCGGGCUGAUGCACCUGCGCACGAACGACAACCAGCGCGCGCUGCAGCUGCUGGCGCAGUCGCUGAAGCUGGACCCGAAGAACCCGCGGACGGUCAUGGCGGCCGCGUCGAUCAUGCAGGACCACAGCGACCACGACAACGCGCUGAUCAAGUACCGCGCCGCCGCGCAGCACUCCCCCAACUCCCCCCAGGUGUGGAACAACAUCGGCAUGUGCUUCUUCGGCAAGCAGCGGUACGUCGCGGCCGUCGCGUGCCUCAAGCGCGCCCUCUACCUCGGGCCCUUCGAGUGGAUCGUGUCGUACAACCUCGGCCUCGUCUACCUCAACGUCGGCCAGUACGCCUCCGCCUUCCACUUCUUCUCCGCCGCCGUCAACCUCAAGCCGGACUUCGCCCACUCCUACAUGUACCUGGGGCUCGCGCUGUCGCGGCUGGAGGACUUCGAGAACGCGUGUCUGGCGUACGAGAAGGCGCUGGAGCUCGAGGACGACUACGUGUUCCGGCUGAACUACGGCAUCAUGCUGGCGCGGCACGGGCACACCGACAUGGCGAGGGAGCAGUACGCGGCGUUCAAGCGCGCGUUCGACCAGCUGGACGCGGACGCCAAGGAGAGCGACGCGGACGUGACGCAGCAGGCCGAGCUGCUGGGGCAGAUGCUCAAGUGA